UCGGGCCCGGACUCGGACUGGGCGGCCGGCCCGAGAGAGGGCGGGGGGCGGCGGCGGCGGCGGCGGCGGCGGCGAGCGGGGCCAUGCAGGCGCGCUACUCCGUGUCCAGCCCCAACUCCCUGGGAGUGGUGCCCUACCUCGGCGGCGAGCAGAGCUACUACCGCGCGGCGGCGGCGGCGGCCGGGGGCGGCUACAGCGCCAUGCCGGCCCCAAUGAGCGUGUACUCGCACCCGGCGCACGCCGAGCAGUACCCGGGCGGCAUGGCCCGCGCCUACGGGCCCUACACGCCGCAGCCGCAGCCCAAGGACAUGGUGAAGCCGCCCUACAGCUACAUCGCGCUCAUCACCAUGGCGAUCCAGAACGCGCCCGACAAGAAGAUCACCCUGAACGGCAUCUACCAGUUCAUCAUGGACCGCUUCCCCUUCUACCGGGACAACAAGCAGGGCUGGCAGAACAGCAUCCGCCACAACCUCUCGCUCAACGAGUGCUUCGUCAAGGUGCCGCGCGACGACAAGAAGCCGGGGAAGGGCAGCUACUGGACGCUGGACCCGGACUCCUACAACAUGUUCGAGAACGGCAGCUUCCUGCGGCGGCGGCGGCGCUUCAAGAAGAAGGACGCCGUGAAGGACAAGGAGGAGAAGGACCGGCUGCACCUCAAGGAGCCGCCGCCGCCGCCGCCGCCGCCCGGCCGUCCGGCCGCGCCCGCGCCGCCGGAGCAGGCCGACGGCGCCGCGUCCGGAGCGCAGCCGCCGCCCGUGCGCAUCCAGGACAUCAAAACCGAGAACGGUACGUGCCCCUCGCCGCCCCAGCCCCUGUCCCCGGCCGCCGCCCUGGGCAGCGGCAGCGCCGGCGCCGCCGCGGUGCCCAAAAUCGAAAGCCCCGACAGCAGCAGCAGCAGCCUGUCCAGCGGGGGCAGCCCCCCGGGCGGCCUGCCGGCGGCGCGGCCGCUGAGCCUGGACGGCGCGGAGCCCGGCCCGCCGCCCGCGCCCGCGCCGCCGCACAGCCAGGGCUUCAGCGUGGACAACAUCAUGACGUCCCUGCGGGGGUCGCCGCAGGGCGCGGCCGCCGAGUUGGGCGCCGGCCUCCUGGCCCCGGCCGCCGCGUCCUCGCGCGCCGGCCUCGCGCCCCCGCUGGCGCUCGGCGCCUACUCUCCGGGCCAGAGCUCCCUGUACGGCUCCCCCUGCAGCCAGAGCCCGGGCGCGGGCAGCUCGGGCGGGGGUGGGGGCGGAGGGGCGGGGGGCGCCGGGACCUACCACUGCAACCUGCAGGCCAUGAGCCUGUACGCGGCCGGGGAGCGCGGCGGCCACGUGCAGGGCGCGCCCGCGGGCUCUGGCGGCUCCUCGGUGGACGACCCCCUGCCCGACUACUCCCUGCCCCCGGCCACCAGCAGCAGCUCCUCGUCCCUGGGCCACGGCGCCGGCGGCGGCCAGGAGGCCGGCCACCACCCUGCGGCCCACCAAGGCCGCCUGGCCUCGUGGUACCUGAACCAGGCGGGCGGGGACCUGGGCCACCUGGCCAGCGCGGCGGCGGCGGCGGCCGCGGGCUACCCGGGCCAGCAGCAGAACUUCCACUCGGUGCGGGAGAUGUUCGAGUCGCAGAGGAUCGGCCUGAACAACUCCCCGGUGAACGGGAACAGCAGCUGUCAGAUGACCUUCCCCUCGGGCCAGUCCCUGUACCGCACGUCCGGGGCCUUCGUCUACGACUGCAGCAAGUUCUGACCCCCCCCCCGCCCCCCCAGCCCGCCUCCCAGCCCCACUGAACCGGACCCCGGCGCAGGAGCAGCCCAGAGAACCCUCGAGGCAAAACCGAAACCAAAAAAGCCCACUUUGAAAAGCAAAAGCUCACCACACCGGAGAACAGAAUCCCUCCCAACUUCCAACCCACCAGCACGAAGAAAAGUCUUUUCCUAAAAGAUGGAUUGGGAGCCACCUCCACGUCGCCUUGUCUGAAUAAACAAAACCUAAACUGUUCUAUACAGAGACAGCAGAGUCGGGCUUUGCUAGAGGACAGUGUUAACUCCAGACAGCACGUAAGUUUCUUCUUCUUCCCAGAGAGCAGGCUUUCCUCCUCCCUGCAUCCCUGCCGCCUCCUGCUUCGCCUCUCACCUGUAAGAUACUAUUUUAUCCUCUGUCGAAAGGAGGGGGGAGUCCCUGUUUAUGAACGUGGCUUUCUUUUUAUUCAUGGACUUGUUUUAAAAUGUAAAUUGCAACAUAGUAAUUUAUUUUUAAUUUGUAGUUGGAUGUCGUGGACCAAACGCCAGAAAGUGUUUCCAAAACCUGACGUUAAAUUGCCUGAAACCUUAAAUUGUGCUUUUUUUCAUUAUAAAAGGGCAACUGUACUCACCUUAUCCUAUCUUUCCUUUUGUCGAACAUAUUCAUUGUUUGUUUAUUAAUAAAUUACCCUUCCGUUUGAAUGAGACCUAUAUGUCUGGAUACUUUAAUGCAGCCUUAAUUAUUAUAAGAAAAAAAUUUCAGAGAUUAAAACACUAUAAUUUUACUGAUUCUCCUGCUAAAUCUAUGAAAGAGUAGAGAAACCCUCUGACGAUUCCUUGUCAAAUUUCACAUGAAAGUCUUUUUGUUCAGAUUUUUUUUUCCUGCAGCGUUUUCUGCACCGUGUCCUGUAUAGUCCGCUUGCUUCGUGGCUAGGGAAAAGAUAUUUCCCAAAACAGACCUGAGUUGGCAUUUACACAAGCACAUUUUCUCAGUCAGGGAGGACAUGGUCUGGAAAUUUAAAGCCCAGGAAUCCGCGGCGGCCUUAGCACAGUGGUACCUGUGUGUGGAGAGGUGACGGUGACUCCGGCUCCACACAGAUGAAUAUUUGGCUUGUGCAUCGCACAAAACACAGCGAGGUGUACUAGACACCCCUGUGAGGCCAAUGCUGGAUGCAUGUUUGUUUGUUUUUUUUUUUUCCCUGUUAACUUCCCUCUUUUUUUAAGAGGAAAAAUAAAGCAGCUUUUAAAUGAAUGUAUAUAACUCACCCACAUCGGCGAUCCUUCAUGUCUUCUGAAGAUGGAUUGAUUUUUUAAAAAUCAAGUGUACCGAGGGUUGGAAAGGGAUACUUAAUCUUUGGGAGGCUAUUUUAGAAGAUAUGUUUGUAGCACAAUUUAUUUUUUGAAAAAGACGGAAAGCGCUUAAUGGGAAGGAAGGGGCACAGAACAGAGCCUUGUGGUCCAGGAGGUUUCUUUUCAAUCCAAUUUUUCGUGUUAAUUUACAGUUAAACCUAGGGGGCAAUGCGGAUCGGCCCUCCCCCUUUGUAAAUAACCCAGGAAAUGUAAUAAAUUCAUUAUCUUAGGGUGAUCUGCCCUGUCAAUCAGACUUUGGGGAGAUGGCGAUUUGAUUACAGACAUUCAGGGCCUUUCCGUUUGUGUUCCAGAUAAUAAGGUUCCCUGCUAUCUGCCGCUCGGAUCUAGAGGCAACACUUAGCAGUAAUUGCUGUUGCUUGUUGUCAAAAUUUGAUCAUUGUUAAAGGAUUGCUGCAAAUAAAUACACUCGACUUCCAGUCAAAAA